ACCAUUUCAAAGAGGAAAAAAAAAGUUCAAAAUCAUAGCUUUUUCUGGUUAUGUAGGUUACUUCAACAUCAACAUGUUUUACUAGCUUGGAUGCUUCACCCUACUAUAAUUUUAUUCACAUCGAUAUCAGCCACCUUUUAACUAUAGAAAUCCUUGAAGGCCAAGAACUGUGUUCUUCUACCUUAAGGUUUAACACAUGUACUUGUGUCCCACGCCAAUGUGAGCAAAUCAUUUCACAGUUCCCAGUGUGCAUCUGCACUUGUGGUGCAUUGUGAGCUAAGGUCAAAGUGUAAAGUCCCAUAUUUGUAGAGACGUGUUUCCAACAUUCCCGCUUGGAGGGGCAUUACCAUACGGCAUUACCCACAUGCCCUAUGGUACUAGAACUGUGAGAAGGCUACAGAAGAGAAUCCCUACAGAUAUGAUAACACUGCACAGCAACUGUUCAGCGACUUAGUCUCUGUCGAGUACUGACAUAGGCUCUCCUGACAGCUGACAUUCUACCGACAUCCUACAAAACGUUUCUUCAGUGUAACAAUGGUGCAUAAACAUGGAGACUUAAUGUUUAGUUUCUCAUGUAAACUAUAUAUUGGUUUAAUAUUGAGAUGAUAACACUGUACAGCUACUUAGUCUCUGUCGAGUACUUACAUCCUGACAGCUGACUUUCUGCUGACAUCCUACAAAAUGUUUCUUCAGUGCAUAAACAUAGAGGCUUGAUGUUAAUUUUCUCAAUGUUUACUAGCCUGUACACUGUUAGAUAUUGGUUUACAUCUGGAGUUAUUUACGUCAUUAAAGAUUUAUGAUCAUGAAGAGUUUAUAUGAAGCGACUGUAAUUGCUAUGAAGAUGUUGGCUAAUAGGUAAGAAUAAGAAAGAAACAAAAUGACAAAACAGCUCUGCGGAUGAGUGCGACACUUUUACAAUGUAGGCAGAACUAUUCAGACACUAAAUCGAGUAACCAGGCGCAAGAUGUGACCUUUCACCCAUACUCAGUUCACCUUUCACCCCUAUGUUCGCGUAGAAGACUGGUAGGAUUGUGUGGAGCAAAAAAUCAACACUGGAACCAGGUCAGACAUGGCAGAGGCGGGUAGUGGGUCUCCAACUGCUGUUCCCCAGAAUGUUUGUGCUGGGUCUCCUACUGAAGUUCUAUGGGGCAGAGAUGCAAGCAAGAUUGAAGACAAGUUGACAGGAACCAAAACCACUUUGGACAAUCAUCCAGAAACACAUACUGGAGAGAAGCCCUACAUGUGUGGGGAGUGCGGGUACAGGGCAACUUACAAGGGAAACUUUUCCAAACAUAUGAGAACGCAUACAAGUGCAAAACCCUACAUGUGUGGGGAGUGUGGGUACAGGGCAGCUUGGAAGUCUGUUUUAGCCAGACAUAUGAGAACUCAUACAGGGGAAAAACCUUAUAAGUGUGACCACUGUGAUCAUUCUACUGCUAGGAAGAGCAGUUUGGACAAGCAUCUAGCAAAACACUCCAGUGAAAACCCGUACAUCUGUGGCAAAUGUUGCUACAGGACAUCUGACAAGGGGAGCCUUUCCAAGCAUAUGAGAAGUCAUAUAGAUGAAAAAACCUACAAAUGUGACCAGUGUGACUAUUCUGCUGCACAGAAAUCCACCUUGAGCCAACAUCAAGCAAAACACACGAAACCCUACAUGUGUGGGGAGUGUGGGUACAGGACAGCUCGGAAGGGUCGGUUAUUCCAACAUAUGCAAACUCAUACAGGUGAAAAAAUCCACCAGUGUAGCCAGUGUGAUUUUUCUACUGCACAUAAGUUCAUCUUGAACCAACAUCGAGUCAAACACGCAGGAGAGAAACUCUAAAUGUGUGGGGUGUGCGGGUACAGGACAAUUUUAAUACAAGUCUUAAUCGUCCAAACAUAUGCGAACUCAUACUGGUGAAGAGAGACUACAUGUGCUGUGACUAUGAGUAUAAGUAAUUUGGGUAUUCAGUCUGAAGUCAUAUGCUGUCUGAAAUCAGAUGCUAGCAUAAUACGAUGAUGAAAAGCUUAGAAUGUGUAUGGGGUGUAGGUACAGGUGAACAGAAGAACUUGUCUACCAUUGUCACUAAGCUAUACUAUAACAUCAUAAUUCCACCAGGUGUCAUUAUGCCGCCAC